GGAAGAAAAGAGUAAUUAUUGUUGAAAUUGAGGAGAUGUCUCGUACCAUACGAUCAAAGAUAUAUAAACCGAAAAUUUAAGUUUUUACAAUUUUAAAAUAAUUAACAGCUAGUGCAAAUUAUUUACAUACCAAUUGUCAUCUUAAGAUAAAAUGUCGUUAGCAGUUGUUUUUUUUUUCCUAAUUUAAAACAAUGCAAUCUCAAUGAUUGUGUAAAUAAAGAUGGCGUCGCAUGAAUAUCAACUUCAUCAAAGUGUUUUUAAUGGUGAUGUAAAACUGGUAUCUAAACUAAUCAGAACUUGCGACGUUUCACAAAAAGAUAUUCAUGGAAAUACACCUCUUCAUUUAGCAAUCAUGCUGGGGCAUAAAGAGUGUAUCCAUUUGCUGCUUGCUCACGGGGCUCCUGUCAAGUUUAAAAAUGCUCUGGGCUGGACUCCACUGGCUGAAGCUAUAAGCUACGGAGAGAGGCAAAUUAUACUGUCUGUUCUACGUAAGCUAAAACAGCAAUCAAGAGAAGCGUUAGAAGAAAGACGACCUCUUCUGGUACAAGCCUUAAAAGAUAUACGAGACUUUGACCUGGAGUUAAAGUGGGAUUUUCAAAGCUGGGUGCCUCUGGUCUCCAGGAUAUUACCAUCAGAUAUUUGUAGAAUAAGAAAAAAGGGUUCAAGGAUAAGGUUAGACACGACACUAGUGGACUUUACAGAGAUGAAAUGGGAGAGGGGGGAUAUCACAUUUCUUUUUAAUGGAGAGGCCAAGCCACGCCACAGUCUCUCUGUGUUGGACAACAAGGCCGAGGUCUUUCAGAGGGUCAGGUAUGAGGACAGUGACCUUGAAUUAGAAGAGGAAGUGGACAUCCUGAUGAGCAGUGAUAUUGUUGCAGCUCAGAUGUCAACAAAAAGAAUCACUUUCUCCCGUGCUCAGACUGGCUGGCUUUUCAGGGAGGAUAAAUCGGAAAUGGUUGGGGACUACAGAUCUGAUUUUUUUAGUGUCAACAACUUGGUCCUAGAAUCCAAGAAGAGAAGGGAACAUCUAUCAACAGAGGAUAUUCAAAAGAACAAAGCAAUAAUGGAGAAUUUCAGCAAAGGAUCAUGGGAUAAUGCUGAGGCAUCCAAUGGGCUGGAAAGACGUAGAUCUUUACAAGCCCCUGAAAAAACAUCAGUCAGCUGGGAUGACUACAUAUCAGCACCAACUGGGCGACCCCCUUGUCUAGGCAGGACCUUAAUUUCUAAAGAAAGUUCUAAAGCUUUCAAGGCCACAGUUGGAAUGAGUGAUGAGUUUCCUAUGACUGUUGAAGUAAUAUGUUACAGUUUGCUAGAUGUUCUGGAAGUGGUGGCCCCUUUCAAGCAGUUUCAGAAACUUCGAGACUUCAUGACUUCAAAACUGCCUCCAGGUUUUCCAGUUCGAAUUGAAAUCCCAGUAUUCCCCACCAUCACAGCUAAAGUGACCUUUACGACAUUUGAGUGGAAGGAUGACCUAGAUAAAAGCUUGUUUUCUAUACCAUCCCACUACAAGGAGGACCCUGGGCGGUUCCCUGACUUAUGAC